ACCAGGUGCUGACAGAUUCUCACAAUCAGAACAAAUAUGGCCGCCUGCGCACUCAGCUGCUAUCAUAAUAAUGACGAGGUCACUCGAAUUUUUGCGUAAUUCGUCUUGACUACACCUCAAUCAUGCUGUAACCAACCUGAGACACAAUGUCACACAUAAUUCCUCCAAUACUGUCAACCACACCUCCACCAUUGAAUGACAUUCCCGACGAUGACGACGACUUCGGGGACUUUGCAGUUGCUGACGACCCUUUCCAUACGGAAUGUGAAGCUGGUAAGGACAUCACUUGGAUUGACGAAAGUUUGAAGAAAAAUACGGAUAACACAAGCCAGGAUUCUGUCCUGUCCUCUAACACAGAUUCCGGCCUAUGCAGCGACAGCUCUCCUUUGCCAGGGGGAGAGAACAAUAAUUGUGAUCACCAUCCCGUGAACUGUGAUGUGCCUUUGAGCGAAAGUAUUCCACACGCACAAUGUGAUUCGAUAGAGAAAAGUACUAAAGGUGAAAAUGAGAACAUUCCGUUCAGUGCAAGUGUCAAUUUAGCGGAUGGCGAUUCAGAACUUAGCAGUCAGCCUGCUGCCCCAGAUAUUUUGAGUGAAUUUCCGAAAGAAGAGCAUAUGUCUUCAACAGAAAAUGGAUUCUACAGUAAUUUGGAUGAGCACUGUGUCAAAGAGGAGGAAAAUAACUCGGAACCUCCUGAAAAGGGGAUAUUGUCAGAUGGGGAUGUUCUGGAGGCUGAAGCAACCUUAGAAGUCAAAGAACCAAUGUUGGACUGGGAUAAAAAUCGCAGUCAAGCUGUGAACGGAUCUGAAGACUUGACAUCAGAUCAUGUCCAGGAGAUCAAAGUUUGUACGACAGACCCAAAUUUAAGCCAAAUUAAUACUGAUGAUGAUGAAACAUCAAAAACAAGAGCUGAAAACGAAGAUUUUGGAGAAUUUGAGAGUAAUUUUGUUGAAAGCCAAAUUGAAGAGGCAGCUGAGGCAGAAAAACCUGAAAUGAAACUGGAUGGAGAAGGGCAGCUGCAAAUGACUGACAAAAAGGAACCUGUUGAAACUCUAAAUGCUGCUCAGACUUUAUGCAGUGAUCUAACAGAGCAGCAGCCAUCAGUUUCACAAGACUUUGAUUUUGAUUAUGAAUGCUCUGCCAAAGAUGAUGAAACAACAGAGAGCUUUGGUUUCUUGGAUGAAAGUCCCGAAAGUCAAUUCAGCGAGGAGCUAUUUAAAGAGGCACCACCUGAAUGCAGCGAGACUGCCAAUGACCAGCCUGAGUUUGAUGACUUUGGAGAUUUUGCUGAGGCUUCCGAGUUUCAAGCUGGGGAAGGAGAAUCGGUGAAAUUGGAGUUUGAUGCUUUUAAAGACUCUGUAGAAAUGUCUUCUGAUGACAACUGGGCGCUGCCAGAGGAAAACUUUAAAACUGCAACAGUCUUGGAUGAUGACGAGGAUGAUGAUUUUGGUGAUUUUGAAGAAGCUGACGAAAAAUUUGAACGCAUCAAGUCAACCUCUCCAAUAGUUGAUAAUAACAAUGAGUUUGCGUCCAAAUCAAACGAUCUCUAUAGUCAGCCUGAAAAGAUAAAAGAAGUUGUGGCGAGCAUUUUUGACUGCAACUCACCUCUGGGUUCACCGGAAGCUCUUAGUCCACUUAGUAUCCACCUAAAGCACCUUUGGCCUGAAGUGCAAGAUGUGCAAAAUACCCCAGCCUUAGAGUUCCAGUGGAAUAAUUCAAAAAGCCACGAUCAGAUGUUAUCUUCACUUGGAAUAGACACUAGAAAUAUACUUUUUGGGCACCAGUGGAAUAGUUCUAUGCCAAGGUUUGCAGCAAACUUGGGCCACAGUCCAUUAGAACCUGUGAAAGCUGCUGACGUCCUCAGCACAUCCAACUCAAUGGCACCAGAGCAGGAGAAUGUUCCUGCAGCACAAUUCGACUGGAGUGGCAGCGGACUAGUAAAUCCGUUAGACUCAAAUCUGCUGCUUAAUAUAGAUCUCCUUUGGGAUCCUCCAAGUGACAGCAAAGCCUGCAGGAAGAUUUUAAGUGCAGCUGCCCAGAAAGUCAUUUCGCAUUUGCCAGAUCUCUCAUUUAUGAGGGCAACAAGUCUGUCACGACCUUAAAAUUUUAUCUUUCUAUUGGAACACCUAAUUUUCAUGGCGACUUCUGUCUGUCGAAGUGUUGAGUGAAACGUACCUAUGUCCAAUUAUUUCUACUGUGAAUGCAAAUUAUCUCCUAAUAGUGCAUCACAAAUUUUACAUUCCACCGCUAACAGUUGUUAUAUGUAAAUGUGAUUGAAUGGCAAAGUACUUCAGUAAUUAUUUAUGAAUAAAAGGUAUUAUGUUUUCAUUUUAA